AUGUUUCCUCGCUUGGCUACUCCGGUAUUGACCGUGGAUACGGAAAAGAUCCACAAGGUAGAUACGGCAAAUGCGCAGAGUUUACAUGGGAUGUGGAUGGUGUUCUCGAAAUGUGCCGAUUAUAUGGACCAAGGUCGUCGAUUGGAAAACCUGAGUUGGAGAUUAUGGACGCGGGAAACAUUUUGCGUUGACCCUGAAACCUCGAGUGAGGCGUCGGUAUUGCCACUUCUCCGCUCCGAGGCAGGUGACCUGCCCGACCUUUCUUCCAGUGUCGAAUCCGCGGCCUCGGACCAAGCGGAGAAAAUCGAACACCACAUCAAACGCCCCAAAUGUGACUACAAGCCGGCAGUAGUUCGUGAAGAUUCCAUGCUUAACCUCGGUCGCGGAAAGGAGAAGCACAUUACGUCUUCUGGCUUGGAACGAAUGGUACUUAACAUCAAAGAGAAGAAGGAUCUUCAACCUAUUCCUCCUACCAUGACAGUAUCGCCACCCAUCGUUGACAUUACUACACGCUCCUCUACAAGACUCUCCUCCCCCACUCCUACCCCGCCCUCGACCUGCACCGCAAAGGAAGUUCCAGUUCGUCCAUCGUUGGUACGGAAACAACCCAUCGACUCGACCGAGUCAUGCUCGACCACUGCGCCCGAGAACAAUGACAGCGAUGUACCACAACAGGACGCCUCUGAUACGAGCGUUUCUUCCUCUGGUAUCAUUCCGACCCGUCCCGGUCUGAUCAAGUCUCCUAGCAUCGUUCGUGGAUUCUCUCCUUCGCAAAUCUCCUCGUCAUAUCGCUCGCAGCCCAGGUUGGCUCCCGAACCCCGGAAAAUGAGCACACCCGUACAACGCAGGCCAUCCCCUCUGAAAAAGAAGGGUGGAAUGUUCACACUGGGUGGUUCGUCUGGCGAUGAUGACGAAAGCUCCUUUGACGAUCGUAUGCUGGCCCAACAAACGCACCGCAGCUCUCUUUCGGAUGAAUUGAGCAAGCCUACAACCGUCGCUCCCAGUCCUAUAAAGAAGGUGACUACAUUCAAGGACCAAGUUGGCACGAUCGACCCACCAAAGGACGACAGCCACGACAGCGAUGAAGAUGCGAUCGAGACCGACGAUGACGAUAUCUCCGAAAGUGCUAUCGAUGAUGAUGAUGAAGACUCUGAUUGGGAAGAUUCAGUCACGGAAAGUGGACGAUCCAGUGUGGAGGAGAACCGCAUGUUCCAGCGUGUGGAUUCUCGACCCAACCUUGUAUCACGUCGCUCCAUGCUCACCAUGAUGAUGAAUCAUCCGAACAAGUUGCAAGGACCUGCUUUCCGUUCCAGCCCUGCUCUCCAACGACAGCGAUCGCGUCUGACAUGCCCCAAUGGUCCGUCGUAUCCCAUUUCUCCGCCUGAAGAUGGGGACGACUUGACAAUGCGUGGUCCUGAAGUGCCGCGAUCUAAGCCGAUAAUUGUGACACCCAAUCCGCAAUCAGUCGCCCAUUCGCCGCGGACUACGCGCAGAAACAUGCUUGCUACCGAGUUGACCGAAUCUCUUCGACACCAUCUCCUAUGGGAGCGUCAGCAGAAGGGCGCAACAGCAAACGCCUUCUUGAAGCGACGACACACUGCCCAUGAUAUGGCCAACCUGCAGGAGUAUCCUGGAGCCAAAGGAGCUCGGGGACAGACCAACCAACAUAAGGAGAAGGAUCUAUCGAAAGGCAAUGGUUCCUAUUCCAAUUAUACCGACUAUGGACCGUGGGAAUACCAUGCCAAGGGAUGGUAG